GCCGUUGCCAUGGGAGACGCGGCAGCGCUCGUGCUCUGCUGUGUCCUGCGUUCAGUUCAAGAUUGUAACUGUCCGUUACAAUCACGGGAAAUCAGGAAGAUUUUAAUAUUCAGAGGGAUGAUUUUAUGAUUCAUACGGGAUACGAAACCUGCAUUUCGACUCGCACGGGUUUAAAGGCUCUGUGGAGUUUUGAAUCAGACGGAGAUUAGAGAUGCCCAGAGCGUCUCAUCUCCUCCUGCACUCAGUGAAAUUAACCCGUAAUCCCCUCAGUGACCUGCUGCUCUUCCUGUGUAACACCUUGGAUAACACGAGCUGAAGGACUCUGACUCACAGCCCAGUCCAACACGAGGCCAGUGUGACAGGACACUUCUGCUGGAGUCCAGCUCUGCUUACUACAAAGAGGAACAUCUCGACACUCUGAUGAGGAAUUCAGCUCUCUCAUGUCUUUAGGCACAUUAAUACUCCCCUGAGGAUCUGAAUGUUUACUCGUCACUGUAUCCAGCAUGGCUGACGCCUGGAUUAAACGGCCUGUGGAACAACUCCAGGAAUUGUCCUUGUCGUCUUUUGGUUUUUUAUGGAGCAGCCAGAAGUGAGAUGGAAUUUCCUCCAUAUAAUCGGCGUGGAAUAAUCUCCAUGUCAGACGUCUGCUGAAGAGAUUCGUAUGGCGGAGGGUUGUGGUAGCGCUGUGUGCUGAUAUAUUCCGGAUCGCUAUAGAUAUGCUUCAAACCAAUAACUACUCGCUGGUGCUGCUGAUCCAGCUGGCACUGCUGACCUUUGACUUGUUUGUCAACUCCUUCAGUGAACUGCUGCGGGCCGCCCCGGUCAUACAGCUCGUGCUGUUCAUAAUCCAGGACAUUGGCAUCCUGUUUAAUGUGAUCAUCAUUCUUCUCAUGAUGUUUAACACAUACGUGUUCCAGGUGGGGCUGGUGUCCCUGUUACUGGAGCGAUUCAGAGCGCUGCUGAUACUGUCUGCUCUCUACCUGACCCUCAGCAUCUGCUUUCACUGCUGGGUCAUGAACCUGAGGUGGAUGGAGUCCAAUCGUUUCGUGUGGACGGACGGUCUGCAGGUUCUCUUUGUGUUCCAGAGACUAGCUGCUGUGCUGUAUUACUACUUCUACAAACGCACAACCGAGUACCUGGGAGACCCCAGACUUUACGAGGAUUCCCCGUGGCUCCGUGACGCAUUCGCUAGAGCGCGACAGUGAGACUGAAGAAAGAAAGCGACUGGAACCCAAGGGAUGCUAACGUUGUGUGAAACAAUCCAAAAAACUCAACCAAAGCAUUUCAAAAAACAAAACGGAUGGACUCGGUCAGAGCCUCGCCACCUUAAAACAAACCUCUGAAUUGUAGGAAGGAGCCAAGAUGACUUCCAUGGAGCACAAAGGCAAAUGAGGAGAUCUCAUUUUGGGAUUUAAAUCACUGAUGUCUGAAGGUCUCAAUUAAGAUGUCUGUAUCAUAGCAAAUGAUCUUACUGUCAUCAACAGGUGUAAAGCUACAUUUUUACAGUGACUUUCCAGAAAUGGCUUCUUACCUGUUGGUUGCAUCGACAUCUUGUUGUAGUAGCAUUUUCUUUUUAUAUUGUUUUGGAUCACUGCUGGAGCAGCGUUUGAUUGUACAGUCGAACCACGAGUGGUUUCGUUUGCUUCAGAUUGCCUUUGAAAAGACGAGUGGAAUUUGGUCUGAAGGAUCGUCAUAUUGGAGUUGUUUUUUGUAUACUGUACCAGUUUUUUUUUUAAAUAUUUUCAUAAGAAUCCUAAACUUGUUUUCAGUAAAUUGUCGACGGAGCAUCAACAAAGUGCCUCACUGUUCACCCAACACUACGCAAAGUGAGGAAACAGCAGAGCGUCAGUGCACUUGUUAUGCUGUAAUCUGUGACUGCUAAUAAACAUUUUCCAUUGGA